GGUGGUCACUGGGUCAGCCCAAAGCACGUGACGUGGGGGUGGGGACCCGGGAAUGCUCUGGGACUCCGGAAGCCGAGUUCUAAUGAUUUUUCGCCUUGCUGUUUGCUCCUUUCCGGCUCUCAAACUUUCCGCGUCUAGGGAGGAGCGAUUGGAGAUAGGGGGUUCCGCUCGGAGGCCAGGCGGGCGCUGUGUGCAUAGAGGAACCGUGUGGACCAGAGGCUGUCCGGGGACGCCCCCAGCCGCCCACGGAAGCUCCUCACUGGGCUUCCUGUCUCGUCAUGGCGAGAUUCUGGUUCUGCGUGGCUGGCGCUGGCUGCUUUCUUGCACUUCUGGUUUUGCAUUCGCGUAUUCGUGAUUCCCCGGUUUUAAGGGAGUUUGUUUUUCAAGUUUCCUGGAGAACUGAGGAAAUUCUUUACCGGCUGGAUGUAGGUUGGCCUAAACAUUCAGAAUAUUUUACUGGAGCAACAUUUUGUGUUGCAGUUGACUCUCUGAACAGACUAGUUUACGUAGCCCAAAGAGGGGAAAACAUCCAAAAGGUAUUAGUGUUCACAGAGGAUGGAUAUUUCCUACGAGCCUGGAAUUAUACAGUUGACACACCUCAUGGUAUGUUUGCAGCCAGUACACUGCAUGAACAAUCCGUCUGGAUCACAGAUGUAGGAAGUGGAUCCUAUGGUCAUACUAUUAAAAAAUACAGUUCCUUUGGUGAUCUCGUUCAAGUCUUGGGUACCCCAGGCAAAAAAGGCUCUGGUUUGAAUCCUCUGCAGUUCGAUAACCCUGCAGAAUUAUAUGUAGAGGACACAGGAGAUAUUUACAUUGUGGAUGGAGAUGGAGGAUUAAAUAACAGAUUGAUCAAGUUGUCCCAAGAUUUCAUGGUGCUUUGGCUACAUGGAGAAAAUGGAACAGGGCCUGCGAAGUUCAGCAUACCUCACAGUGUUACAGUUGAUUCAGCUGGUCGGGUGUGGGUUGCUGACCGAGGAAAUAAAAGAAUUCAGGUUUUUGAUAAAGACACUGGGGAGUGGUUAGGAGCAUGGAAUAAUUGUUUCACAGAAGAGGGACCUUCUUCAGUUAGAUUUACUCCUGACGAGAAGUAUUUGGUUAUAGCCCAGCUGAAUCUUAGCAGGCUCUUAUUUGUGGCAGCACCCCCAGUAGGAAGCAUUGGCUACUGUUCUGUGAUCAGCUCAAUUCAACUAGCAGAUCAAGUUUUACCUCAUCUCUUAGACGUCAGUGGGAAGACUGGAGCAAUCUAUGUAGCAGAAAUUGGAGCAAGACAAGUACAAAAAUAUGUGCCUUUGAAUAGCUAUUUCUCUUCAUUCCAUUCGUAAUGUUUCUUUCCCUGGAGAUCUUUCAAGUGAAAGUUCACAUUCUUAAAUUCAUUGUUAAGUGCUUAAAAAUAAUGUUCAAAGUCUAUGACCAUGCUAUCCUGAACAAGCCCGAUCCCGUCUGAUCUUGGAAGCUAAGCAAGGGCGAGCCUCAUUAGUACUUGGAUGGGAGACCAC